UGGGCUAGUUUGCGGUGCAACCCUUGCAAAAUGAAACCAAGUAAGCAACAUGUCCUGCUGCUAUGGAUUCUACUUUCCUCCACUGUGAUCAAUGCAGUUGAGCCCUUCAGCAGUUUCAAAAUCCCUAAUUUCACAGAGACAUGGAAUUCAUUUUGGGGCGAGAGCUGUAAUUCAUACUGGAUUUCCUUCAACCAGACAGGUCUGAAGGCUGACUUGGAAAACAAACUCUUUGGACAACACAUUGCUUCAGAUAUCAUUUUUAAAUCUGUGAGUGGAUUUAUGAACGAUGAUAACCCGAAGAAGCCUCUGGUGCUCUCUCUGCACGGACCGACUGGCACAGGGAAGAACUUUGUUAGCCAGCUGAUUGCAGACAACAUUUACAAGAAGGGAUAUCACAGCAAGUUUGUUCACGUGUUCUCAGCUACACUUCACUUCCCACAUCGAAGUGAAAUUGUUACCUAUAAAUCUCAGUUACAGGAGUGGAUCAAAAACGGCGUUACAAACUGCGAACGCUCAGUGUUCAUAUUUGAUGAGAUGAACCAAAUUCCUCCUGGUGUGAUUGACAGCAUAAAGCCAUAUCUGGACUAUGGAAAAGUGGAAGGAGUUUUUUUUCAAAAAUCGAUCAUCAUCUUUCUCAGCAAUACAGGAGCAGAUCAAAUUACAAAAACAGCUGUAGAUUUCUGGAAAAAUGGAAAAGAUCGAGAAGAGAUGAUGCUCAAAGAUUUUGAAAGUUUCAUUUCUCCUAUAGUUUUCAACAGUGAUCAAAGCAGUUUUUCUAAGUCAACUUUGAUUGACAGUUGUCUGCUUGACGUUUUCAUCCCAUUCCUGCCUCUGGAGUACAAACAUGUUGUACAGUGUGCGAUGGCUGCGAUGAGAGACAAAGGUCGUCAGCCAGAUGAGAAUGUGGCAGACCGGGCGGCCAGAAGUUUAGUCUAUUACCCCAAACUGGAGAAAGUAUUUGCCGUGAGUGGCUGCAAGACAGUAGCAAAUAGGGUGCACUUGUACAGAUGAAGACUGAUUCUACUCUUAUUUCUACUGUAUGUAUGAUUUUAUUAACUCUAAAUUAGACAACACAAAAGUCAGCAAAGCAUGUUACAGAAAACAAGAUUUUCAAAUAAAAAUAUGCUGUUUUCUGUGUCUCAUAUUACAUAUAUAAAGUUUUCCAAAAUGUGUUGUGAGAAUUUUUUAUGCAUACAAGAAUUUUUUGAUUCCACCUGACAGGAUUUUUGGCGUACACGCAAAAGAAAAUCAUCAUGAUUAUAAGAAACAUAGUAUAUCUUAUAUUUUUUUUUAAAUUGGGCUUUAAUUUACUCAAGCACAAAACACAUAUUUGCUUAUAUAAAAAGAGAAAAAAAUAACAGGAAUGUAAAAUCAUUGAUUAGAAAGAAGUGAACAGAGUGAAGGCUCUUGAGCCUUUCAUAACCGCAGGUGCACACAAUCAGCCACUCAUUGCCUAUUGGAGUAUCAUGGGAUCCCCAGGCAGCCAAUCAUCUGCGUGGGCUGUCACACUUCAAUCUGCAUACAAGAGGGAGGCACAGGUCUCCAAUUAGCCCAUUGUCAACGAGUCCUUGCACUCUUGGAUUUGCAUGAAGCAAAAGGGGGUCUCACUCCCUCCGAGGCCCAGGGCUGUAACAUCAUGUUGUAAUGAUUUGUCUUUAAGUUUACUUAAGCUUCCCUUGUAUCCCUUUGUUUCUUGUCAAAUAUUCACCUGUGUUAGGUGUUUCUCUGUCAUGUUACUUUCUGUUUUAAGUUGACAGUCUUUGUCUUUUGUGCCUUGUUUUUAUUUUACUUUCUCAAAUCUCAUUAUCUGAUCUUGUUCAGCUGUGUGUAAUUCUCUAUGUCAUGGUCCUGGGUGUGACCCAGUGUUUUGUGUUUAAUCUAUAUUUAUUGAUUAUUUGUUAUUCAUGGUUUUGGUUCUUUUGAGGUUAUAUUUUGUUGCUCUAGCUUAUAGUUUCAGCCAGUAUGCCUUCCCUGUGUCCAUAUUAUAUCUACUCUGUGCUUUUUUCCCGUCCCACGGUUCAAUCCUCUGCCUCAGUGUAGAGUCCGCUUCUCUGUUUUAUACUUCCUCUUUUACUUUGACAGUCUGUUUUUUGUCAUUGUAUUCUGCUUUGCUUUUUUUUACUCCUAGCUGUGCUCUCCUCCCGUGUCUCAUUCCCUUGUUAUCCCACUGUUUGUAUAAGCCCUGGGUUUUCCUUUGCUCUUUGUUGCGUUGUACCCUCAUUAUGCUUUGUGUUUCCCUCCAUGUUUCCAGCCAUAGCCAAGUGUACAGAUUCUGGUUUGUUUUCUUGUUGAAGUUUCUUGUUUCCUGUUUCUAGUUUAGCUUUGCAUUUGAUGUUAGUUUUUUCCAGCAAUAAAAGCUGCCGUUUUAAAUUUUA